UAGAACAGGAAGCGGUCACUGCACUACACAACACACAGAAAGCCGGUGUGUUUUACUGCGCUUCGGGAUUAAAGCGAGACCUAUGGCCGCGGGAGGGAUGAAACUAUCGAGUAUAUGCUGUCUGCUCUUAUAUUUAGUAGCGACAGUACUGGCUGGGAGGGAUUUCUACAAGAUUCUUGGGGUUAGCAAAUCAGCAUCUAUCAAAGACAUCAAGAAAGCCUACAGAAAGUUGGCACUUCAGCUUCAUCCUGACCGAAACCCUGAUGACCCCAGUGCCCAGGACAAAUUUGCAGAUCUCGGAGCUGCUUAUGAGGUGCUGUCAGACGAGGAGAAAAGGAAACAGUAUGAUGCCUAUGGAGAGGAGGGUCUGAAGGAAGGUCAUCAUAGCUCGCAUGGUGAUAUCUUUUCCAGCUUCUUUGGGGACUUUGGGUUUAUGUUUGGAGGAAACAGGCAGCAGCAGGACCGGAACAUCCCAAGAGGAAAUGACAUUAUCCUGGACCUGGAAGUUACACUGGAGGAGGUUUAUUCUGGAAAUUUUGUUGAGGUAGUGCGAAACAAGCCAAUUGCUAAAGAGGCACCAGGAAAAAGGAAAUGCAACUGUCGCCAGGAAAUGAGAACUACACAGCUCGGGCCAGGCCGCUUCCAGAUGACCCAGGAAGUAGUCUGUGAUGAAUGCCCAAACAUUAAGCUUGUGAAUGAAGAGAGGACACUAGAGGUGGAGAUUGAGCAGGGAGUCAGAGAUGAGAUGGAAUAUCCCUUCAUUGGUGAAGGGGAGCCACACAUUGACGGAGAGCCUGGAGAUCUCCGCUUCCGUAUCAAAGUCUUAAAACAUCCGCUGUUUGAGCGCAGAGGUGAUGACCUGUACACUAACGUCACCAUCAGUCUGGUUGAGGCUCUGGUUGGAUUUGAAAUGCAGAUCACGCAUUUAGACGGUCACAAGGUUCAUAUCGCCAGGGAUAAAAUCACCAAACCUGGAUCCAGAUUGUGGAAGAAGGGUGAAGGGCUUCCCAACUUUGACAACAACAAUAUCCGCGGAUCACUUAUAAUAACAUUUGAUGUGGAUUUCCCCAAGGAACAGCUUGAUGAUCAGCAGAAAGAUGGUAUAAAGCAGCUGUUGAAGCAGGCUCCAGCUCAGAAGGUUUAUAAUGGCUUGCAGGGAUACUGACACACCAUCCAGUGAAUUUCGGACUAAAUUGAACUGCCCCGUUCCGUAACACACCACAUGAAAGCUCACACGGGCACUCACACACAGAGAAACAAGCAUCUAGGGUUUAUUUAUUUCUCUCAGACUGUACUCAGGAUAGGUUGACUGUAUGUGUGGGUUUUUAUUUGGUAUUUUUAAUUUUUCUUUUUUUUUUUGUGAUGAUUGCAAUUUUAUUAAACUUUUUUCAUGCCCAAAUUAUUUUUCUUUCUUUCAAUGUUUUUUUUGUUUUUUUAUAACAGUUACAAAGCCUUUCUGACUACAGUUUGGGUAUUUGUAUGUAAGAAGACUUAAAGUGGACAUUUGAUUGGUUUUCCAUGUUGGUCGACCAUUAGCAAGUCCUGGACUGCAACAACAGGGAGGGAAAUGAGAGAGACUGAGCCUUUAUAUCAGAGGACACUAUGGAAACACCAGCCUCUGUGUUUUAUAGAUCUUCAGAAAGAGUUUACAUGAAUGUAUGUUGAUUAUUUGUAGGCUUUAAUCUCUUGUUUUUCUUCCUCUAGCUUUUCUGUUUUCUCUUUUUGGUGUUAUUUUUCACUCUCCCCUUUUGUGCUUGUUGAUCUUUUCCUCAAAAGGCAUUUUUUUCAUAGUAGUGGGGAUAGGACUGAUUCAGCCUGAUUUUUUAUUUUUAUUUUUUUGACUGCCUCUGUCUAGGACCCUUCUGAUGUUCAGAUCUCUGUGUUUCCUCUUGUUCACGGUCGCCUGCUUGAACAAGCCUGUCUGACUUCACCAGUGAGAAAGGGACUAGUGCACUAAAAGUUGUCCAGGUGCCCAAUUGGAGGAAAGUGUGUGAACGUUUGUAUAUUUCAAAUGAAGACCUCAAUUAAAAAAAGUUUCUAAUGGUGUUUCAAA